GGAAAAAUGGCCUUGUAUAAUCGCUGGUGACUUCAAUUUUGCCCCGGACGACGCGGCCUAUUCGUUACUAGUCGGAGACCCGUUACAACCCACACAAAAGGAGAUGAUAAUCAAGUCGCACGUCGUACACGCCACCAUAGAUCCCACCGUUCCUCCGACCAAAGAAGCUGCCGAAGAGGAUGAGGCAUCGGACCCAGACAAGGUCAUCACCAAUGCUCGGUCUGCAAUACCUGCCGACGGACUACUCUCACCGUCCGAGCUCAUCGCUCUGUUCGCUUUGGACAAGCCCUUACUUAGUGCAUACGAUCAGGGUCUGAGAAACAUCCGGAGUUCGUCUGCAAGUCUCCCGUUCGCUACGUUCGGCGACAGAAUUACUCUGGAUCCUGUGCGACUGGGCGCUAAUGAGCCAAAUUGGACGAGCUAUACGCAUUACUGGAAAACCGUACUAGAUUACAUAUUUAUUAUAGAGCCAGAGGAGAGUCGUUCGCUCGUUACAGGACUUUUGUCUCCACACCGGACUGCUGAUCUAGACCCAGGAAUACCAAGGAGGGGGAUAUGCGGAAGCGAUCAUGUUUCGCUUUGUGCCCAGAUAGAAUUCGUCUCCUGCUUAGAAUCCUAACAGAAUAUCCGAGAAUUCAUCGCAUUAAUCAUGUUUCAUUAAAUCGGGAUCCAAAUGCAUGAAGAAAGCGUUGCAGUAAGUAAUGUAGUAAUUUAUAUCAUAAUUCAGGGAAAAGAAUCUC